UGUGAGUUUUGGAGAUCAGCCAUGGGCAUUAAAGGUUUGCAGGGAUUUGUGGCAAGAGUUUGCCCUGAUGCAUGCAGAACGGUAGAUCUGAGAGAGGUGGCAGAAAAACAUCGCAUCGAUCAUCCUGAUUUCCCGCCUGUUAUUGUCGUGGAUGCCAUGAGCUGUAUUAGGUCCUGGUACACACCAGAAUUCUGGGUGUGCGGUGGCCAGUGGCGCGAGUACCUUGCCAGUUUAGAGGAUUUUAUUAAAGCUUUUACGGACGCUGGUAUCCAGUUGGUGUUUUACUUUGAUGGAGUGGUAGAAGAGAAGAAGAGAGAUGAGUGGAUCAAACGGAGAUUGCAAAAUAACAAGGAAAUAGCCAGAAUCUUUCAGUUUAUCAAGACUCACAGGAAACAACCAGGGCGAGAAAUGUUCACUGUUCCUUCAGCUUUGCCUACUUUUACGCGUUUUGCCCUGAAGUCACUUGGUCAAAAAACAGUAUGCACUUUGCAAGAGGCAGACUUUGAGGUGGCUGCGUAUGGUUUGCAACAUAACUGCAUAGGAAUUCUCGGGCAAGAUAGUGACUACCUCAUCUAUAAUACAUGCCCUUACUUUUCCAUUGAGAAGCUCUGUUUGAACAGACUGGUCACCGUUAUGUACUCUCGAGAAGAUCUUUGCCGUGCAUUGGGUCUUAGUUUGACACACCUCCCUCUCUUUGCUUGCUUGCUUGGCAAUGAUGUUGUUCCAGAAAGCUUGUUGGAAAGCUUUUGGCAUAAAUGUUUAGUCACAAGUCCCCGCAAGAAUAACAGCUACAACAGAAGAACAAACAUACUUCUAGCUGUAGCAAAUUACAUCUCAAAAGUUCCAUGCUCGCACAGCAGCCUGAAACAGUUGGAAGAGAUGCUACCUUUGGGAUCAGACAAGACAUUGCUUUACAGAGGAGUGGAGUCCUAUCUUUUGCCCGGGCAGCAGUCUCCAUGGAUUCCUCCCAACUUAACAAAUUGCCAAAUGUUCUCCCUCCAACAACAAACAGCCAUGUGUCAAGAUGAGGAAAUCUUUCAGUUAGCUAAAGAACAGCAUAUCCAAUCUGAAAAUUAUACCAUCUUCAAUAUCCUGAGUAAUGGGGUGAUUGAGUGCAGCAACUCUUUGGAAGAUGAAUGUGAUACAGAGAUUCCUGGACAGGCACUUGUCUACCGCCCUGCUCGUCAGCAUAUUUAUUCUGUCUUGUUGGAAUCUGGAAAAGGUGGAGCCUAUCCUGUGGUAAAAGAGUGGUUUGUCUAUUUUGGAAAUCCGCUCCAGCAGCCAGAGCUGAUACAACCUGUACAACCUUCUCUUCCAG